CAUAAAAGUUUACUUAAAAAUGUAACUAUACCUCAGUGUUGACUUAGUGAUUCCAUAGCUUAGAGGUCUGAUGCAUAACCCAAAAGUCUGCUGGUAUAACGUGACAAAAGUGUGUUCCUUUUUGAUGUGGACUGUGACCAGUGUAAACCAACCCUUUCCUGUCUCAACAGAGGUCAAGAGCUGUCAGGCUGCAGAGUAACCCACCUCACCGGGGAUGGUUCAGUAAACAACACUGAUGAACUCCUGUGCAUCCUUGGCACCUCCAGCUUCAGAUGUCUGCAGGAAGCUGCCUUUGGAAUAAGUCUUCUUUUCAUGACAGGCCUCUGACUUGCUCCAGAAUUGCUUUGAAAGGCAGGAUACCUUGUUUUCUUUUGUCCAUGGAACUCCCAUUUUUUCAUGGAAAGAUAACACGAGGAACCUGUGAAGAGCUGCUGAAGAAGAAGAAAAAGAAUGGCAGCUAUUUAAUACGGGAGAGUGAGAGUGUGGAAGGAGCCUUGUGUCUCUGUGUUUUCUUUGAGAACUUUAUCUACACUUACCGUAUCUUCAGGGAACACCAAGGAUAUUUUAGAAUACAGACUUCUGAAGGUGUUCCAGAGAGGACCUUCAAAACAUUAACAGACUUAAUAUACGCUUUUGAAAAGCCAAAUCAAGGACUAAUAACAAACCUCCGCUACCCAGUGAAGAAACCAAACGCCUCGCGAAGAAGCCAGAGGUUCCGGUCAGAAAGGGACAACAUUUAUGAUGAGGCUGAUGACGACGGUGAUUACGUCACUGUCCUACCCUGAAGGAUCUGCACCUGACAGCCCGGGAAGCUGCCGUCCCAGGAUGUGCCCGGCGUCCCAGGAUGUGCCCGGCGUCCCAGGAUGUGCCCGGCGCAGUGCCUCAGCUGGGGAGAGCUUCCAGCUGGGUGUCCUCUGCUCUGCAUCUGGAAUUACCCUCCUCCUUUGGCAGACUGUCCAAGUAGCUGCAUCUUCUACCAGAUCCAGUACAAGCUAUUAUGCACGUUUGCUCAGCAAUAAAAGAAAUACUUUCUGUUACAGACACACACAUAGGGGGGGGGGAGGUAUCUUGUGUCCGUGUGUGUGUCUUCUCGUGGUUUUUAGCCAGCAAAUUCUCCACCAUGUUGACUGCUAGAGUGAACACACUGUUAGAAGGCAGCAAUAUAAACACAUUAAAUGAAUGGGCAUAAGUAAUUUAUGAUAGAAUUGAGAGGUGUUGAUAAAAACCAUUAUGACAAAACUAUUGGUAUUGUAAGAUGCUUUUAAACCCCCAACUUUGUUGUUUUGCACAUGAUUCAUGUUACCUAAUUGUUGCAGGAGUGAAUAGCAUUUCAGCAAUGUCAAGGAAUGCUAGUAGUCUGUAGUUUGAAUAAUACAAAUUAAAACAAAAAUACUGUGUUAAAUCCAUGCUAUAAAAAAUUAACCAACCAGAGGAAAAUGGCUGGAAAUACUUUUAAUGUUGGGGAAGGGUUC